AUUAGAUAUUUGUCUUUUCACUUUUAUAAAUCAUGCUCCGCUGUUUCAUUAAAACCUACUUAACCCUAGGAAGCGAGUAUAGCAAAAAUUAUAACCCAAAAUUUAGAAAACACAUACCUGAAAAAAACAGUGUCUCCCAAAUGGGUGUGCCCGAUUGAUUUUGAUGGGUGUUUGAGUAAAAUAUUGUGUGCUUGGAAACGUAUAAAUGCGAUGUGGAUUCAGAGAAGAAUGGUUGAAUCGACAUAGGGAUAAGUUGCGUCGUUUUGAAGGUGGGUUUCAAGAAGAGCACAUUUCGUCAUGUCGACGAACAAAGGAUUCUAGGUGAACCGAUGCUAAAUCAAAUUCAUACGGUUCCAACACCGGUUCGUAACCCAUCCGCCUAUCGACGAAAUUUAACUUUACGUGAUUACGUCGACUCAAUCCUUGUUCGCUUCACCUUCAACGCCCGCCCUUCUGCAAAUCGAUCCACCGAUUCCCCAUCUCCUCCAAAAAAACGUACGGCUUAAUCCCCAAUAGGAAAUCCGACAUAUUAUCCCAAAAAAAACGAAGGUAGGAUGGGACACAUGGCAUAUUUCAUUAUCAGACUUCUCUCUUUAUAGUUGUUGGAUCUUCUGAUGGUGAUGGGAGGGGCAAUAUGCUUUUCAUGUAGCAGAUGAAUCAUUCCUUACAUGUGACACAUUUUCUUCCACCGAACCUCUCUGAAUCCCUUUGUGUUAUUUUGGUUAUGUGGGACCUCUGAUGUGUUAAAAAAAGUGAUAGUUGAUGCAGAAUUCAUGCCAUAAUGUUGAAAUUUCUUGAUGCUAAGUCAUUUGGGUCACAAAACAAGGUGCUUUGAAACCUAAGACAGAAGAAAUGAAGGAGCAAAAAAGAAGAUGCACAUAUAUGUGAUUCAAAUACGCAUGGGAUCAAGGUCAAGUAUGUACUUGACAAAAGAAAAGGAGUUAUCAAGUCAAAAGGAUGCAAUCAACUUUGAUCAAUUGUCGGUGGAUCUUCUUAGGGAUCAAAACUUGCUUCAUUUCAAGGUCAUCACCAUUGGAUUUGAAUUCAAUGAAAUGUUGAUUGAAGAUGAGAAGAUUGCAAGCAAUGGAAAUUUUACAAAUAAAGUAAACAAGGUUCAAUACGAUUGCGGAUGGAAAAAAUUGAUUACAGGAAUAUCUAGACGAUACUAUGCAGGUAACACCAACAACCAUGAAAGGUUGGGCGAGUUAGUUGCAUGGAGCAGUUGUACAAUAAUCUACUUGUUGGUCAUCAAGUCUUCAAUAUCGCAGAAGUGAACCUUAAGGACAAGUUAUUUUUGUAGCCCAUGACAUAUCACACUUUAAUGGCCUUUUGAUGCUCUUGUAUUUUUUAUGUUAAGUGUUUCUAAUAUAAUUAACUACUUUUUAUUAUACUAAUUAAUCUUCACAUGUUUUACAUUUAGAGGCG